AUGAGCUCAGCAUCGCAGCUGGUCGAGUGUCCGAGCUGCGAGCUGCGUCUGCCUCUCUCGCAGCUCAAUCCACAUCUUGAUCGAUGUCUGUCCGGUGAAAGCGCCACAACUCGCAGUGACCACCAGCAGAUAAAAACGGACCAGUGGAGCGGCUUCUUCUCAAGCGCCUCUUCAUCCACCACUUGUCCUCGAGGCUCGAAAAGGCCAAGUCAAGCCAACACGCAGGCGCCUCUGUCGAUAAACGGGACAUGGUCUAGAAGCGAAGGCGCUAGCAAGCGUCACCGACACGAAUCCAUCGCAGAAAGUAACACCAACACCAACACCAACGGUAAGAGCCUCCAUUAUGGUUCGAUGGUAGAUGGGCGCGAGCAAGCGCAUCAGCCUCAGCCUGUUGCGUCUACGUCACGCAGCCGAAUCGAUGCAGUGAAACCGUUUGCUGAGAGGAUGCGUCCGCAAACGCUCGACGAGUAUGUCGGCCAGAGCGAUGUGGUCAAUGGUCCGCUCAAGAUGCUGCUGCGCCAAGGCAAGAUCCCUUCGAUGAUCCUUUGGGGUCCACCAGGCACAGGCAAGACUACGUUGGCGCGUCUGCUAGCCAAAUCUGCCUCGUCAACCGACUCGACGUGUCGGCAAGGGCCGCCACCGCACCGAUUCGUCGAAAUCUCAGCGACCAACUCGGGGGCUAACGAUGUAAAAAAGAUUCUGGAUGAAGCGCUCCAUCGACUCGAACUUACUGCACAGAGGACGCUGCUGUUCAUCGACGAGAUUCAGCGCUUCAAUCGAGCUCAGCAAGACGUCUUGUUACCUGCUGUGGAGAAAGGGCAGAUUGUGCUUGUCGCUGCAACCACCGAGAACCCGUCGUUCCGAUUGCAGAGCGCGCUGAUUUCGAGGAUGCGCGUGUUUGUGCUGACAAAACUCAGCGUCGACGAGUGCUGCCAGGUGCUUCGCAAUGCUCUGGCCAGUGUAAAGCGCGAAUCGGACCAAGCUGAUCAGCACGCGGAAUGCGUUGCAGCAGCGUAUAUUGAUGAACAUCUUAUCCGCUGGAUUGCCAACAUGGCCGAUGGUGAUGCACGCACAGCUUUGGGAGCGCUCGAACUGGCGCUCUCGACUACUGAUGCAAGCGUGUGCUCGGCAGAGAACGUGUCUCGGCUCAAAACUGCACUGAAACGCACCGCGCUGCAGUACGAUCGCACCGGCGAUAUGCAUUACGACACGAUCAGUGCGCUGCACAAAUCGAUCCGUGGCUCCGACGCGGACGCGGCGCUCUACUGGCUCGCACGCAUGGUGUGCUCUGGUGACGACGCGCUGUUUAUCGCGCGACGACUGAUCGUAGCCGCUUCUGAGGACAUCGAUACGCUCGCAGCACUACAGAUGGCGACGGCGACAUACCAAGCGUGUCAAGUGGUGGGCCUGCCUGAAUGUGGUAAUAAUUUGGCACAAUGUGUCGUGUUUCUGGCCGAGUCACCCAAGAGCACGAGAAGCUAUCGAGCAUGGAACAAGGCAAAAGCGUUGGUGGAGGGUGGAUACAACCAUCCUGUUCCACUGCACAUUCGAAACGCUCCGACCAAGUUGAUGAACGAGAUAGGGUACGGAAAGGAGUACAGGUACGAACCGAGGUUUGCACAUCCGGUGUAUCAGGAGUUUUUCCCGCCUCAGUUGAAAGGCACGCGGCUGCUCUCGCCAACGCCUGCGGAAGCACCCGCUCGAACAGAAGCAGACCAUCAACAUGGCCGCACAGACAAACCAGCCCAAACGGAAACCGAAGCGGAAGCGGAAGCGGAACAAGUGCCAGCGCAAGCGCAGAUGCGUGUGUCGGAUCGAAACGACUAUCACCACACGAGUAUGCAGCGUGCCAUGGCGAGCAGAGCGGGUAUAGGACCGGGUUCGUGCCAGCGCAUCUUUGAUCUGGGUGCAAGGUCGGUAGAUCUGGAUCUGCUCGACGAGUGGCAACGCGAGCGCAACGGCGGCAAAGAAUGGAGCGGAAGGCAAAACAUGCUCGAGCUGCUACAGAGGCUCGGCCAGAUGCAGUCCGAGCAACCAGGGCAUACAGCGUAG